AUGAGCGACGCUCACAGCGCUCAGGAGCCAACGCACCUGCUCGACUCUUUCCGCCUCGAGCGUAUCCUGGACCAAGAUCCCAAGCAGAAGUCGGCCAACCUUCUCGGUACACUAGAGCACGGCGAUGCCUCACAGCCGCAGCAAGCCAUCCUCAUCCUCGAGAAGACGCACUUCUCCGAGGCCUCCUUCUCUUGCAUCGGCCGCCACACACGUGGCAGCGACAACGGCGAAGCUAGCAGCGAACCACCCACCAAGAGCGCCAAGCUAGACAAAACACACCCUGAACAGCAUGGCUUGUCGGCAUCUGCGCGCGGCUCCCUCCUCGAGAGCGUAGCCAACCUCGGCCAGAACGACAUCUAUACCUGGCUCCUCGCCUGGCUUUCGCCAUCGUCGGCACCCGACGGACAGCGUCGCGAUGCCGACGUCAAGCUGACGCUCAUUUGCCCCGCAACGCAGACGCACAUCGACAAGUACUCUGCCCAGCGCAAGCUGAUGGUCUACGAGACGCCGCAGAUGUACACCGACCUCGUGCUGCCCUACAUCGAGUCGAUCCCGCCGUCGCGGAUCCAGUGGGUGUACAACAUCCUCGAGCACAAAAAGGAGGCCGACACCAUCCUCUACGAAGAUCCGGACCCAGAGGCGGGCUUCAUCCUCCUGCCGGACCUCAAGUGGGAUCAAAAGACGCUCUCCUCGCUCUACCUCCAGGCAGUCGUGCACAACCGCAAGCUCAGGAGCCUUAGAGACCUCAAAAUGGAGCACGUCGGCAUGCUGAGAGCGAUCCGCGAUCGAGCCACGCAGGUGGCUCGAGACAAGUACGGGCUUGCUGGAAGCGAGGGGAAGGACGGGACGCUGCGGUGCUUCAUCCACUACCAGCCAAGCUACUACCACCUGCACGUUCACAUCCUCGCUUCGAGCUACACAUCGCAUCCCGGGUCGAUUGUCGGCCAGGCGCACCUGCUCGAGGAUGUCAUCGACCUGCUGGAACUGGGCGUCGACUUUCGGCAGCGCACGCUUGGCUACGCGCUGGGCGAGAACAGCAAGCUGUGGGACGUGCUCCGUCCAGGUUCCUUGUAG